CUUAGAGAUAUUGGCGCUGGUAAAGGAAAAUAUUAUGCUGUCAAUUUCCCGCUUCGUGAUGGUAUUGAUGAUGAUGCAUAUGAAAGUAUAUUUCAACCUCUUAUUUCCAAGGUUAUGGAAAUGUAUCAACCAAGUGCUGUUGUUUUACAAUGUGGUGCAGAUUCAUUAUCUGGAGAUAGGCUUGGUUGUUUCAAUUUAACAUUGAAAGGGCAUGGAAAAUGUGUCGAAUUUGUUAAAAAGUACAAUUUACCAUUACUUCUUGUUGGUGGUGGUGGGUAUACAAUUCGUAAUGUUGCUAGAUGUUGGACUCAUGAAACUGCCGUCGCUCUUAACUGCGAAAUACCAAAUGAACUUCCAUACAAUGAUUACUUUGAGUAUUUUGGGCCUGAUUUUAAACUUCAUAUUAGUCCAUCAAAUAUGGCUAAUCAAAAUUCACCUGAGUAUCUUGAAAAAAUCAAGACUCGUCUUUAUGAAAAUCUCCGUAUGUUACCACAUGCUCCUGGAGUACAACAAACAGUAAUACCAGAAGAUGCAAUAAAUGAUGAUAGCGAAGAUGAAGAUAAACAAGAUCCUGAUGAAAGAAUAAGCAUUAGAGCAUCUGAAAAACGUAUUGCUAAAGAUGAAGAAUUUUCAGAUUCAGAAGAUGAAGGAGAUGGUAGAAGAGAUGUUCGCUCCCAUAAACCAAGUAAACCAAAAAGAGCAAAGGUCGACGCUGUUGCUGGCAAAAAACCUGACGAUGAAAAAACGGCUGAAUCAUCCGAAGAGACUAAAACGGAAGAAGAAGUUAAAGAAUCGAGUUUAAAUACAACUUCUCAAUCUUCUGAACCAAGUAAAGAUAGCGAUUCAAGUAAAGAUCAAGUAAAAGAGACACCAAUGGAUCAAUCUGAUUCAGGAGAUAAUGUGACUGAUAAUAGUACUACAAAAGAGUCAUCCAGCGAAUCAAAAGCUGAAGUACGGAAAUCGUGAAUUUAAAUACUCAUCUGGACUAUUUUAACUAUAAAAUCUCAACCAUCAUAAUUAUAUACAUAUUUAUUAUUUGGAUCACAUUAAAGCAUAGAAAUUGCUUAAAUAACCAGAUUUUUCAAGAUCAAUCAAAAAAACAUACAACAAGCAAACGAUGGAUUGAUUACAACUUGAUUUAUAUUUAUCAUUGAUUUAUACUCUAAAUCUAGUAGAGCUAUGUCACAUUUUUGUAUCAAAUUCGAUUCAUUUUGACUUGCAUUUAUAGAAUUUCAUGAAUAAUUCCAUUAUUUGUUGAUCAUCUUGUGCAUUAUACUUCAAGAAUCUAUUUUUUUUGUAUACUGCUCACUCACCUUUCACCAUCAUAAGAAUGCAGCCAUUUUCCAUCAUUAAAUUAAAAAUUAGUUGAACCAUCAA